AUGACUAAUAAAACGCAGCAACGAGGUGUCGUUAGUGUUGAUGGUAAAAAUAUUAUAACUUCAUUAACCCCACAAUUUUCAUACAUUGUCACCCUUCCGAAUGAAAGUGCUGGACUCACUACGCAUCCUGAAACACACCAACAAUUUACCACAUUUAACAACACCAACAUCGCCACCGAUAGCAACCAUAAUAACACGGAUCAAAGCCGUAAUUUUUCACUUGUAUUAUCAGAAAUCAUAUCCAACCUCGAUAAAGCAACGCGCGACAAAAUCCGGCAACAAACAAAACUCACGAUCGAAGAUCUGAUUAAACCCAAAGGAAAAUUCAGAAAUGGGGUUCCACCACGUCCGCAGAAUCCUUGGGUGAUUUAUCGUAAAGAUCUUCAGGCGAAAUUGGUUGCUGAGCAGGGUGCUGAAAUUGAGUUUGGAGCUCGGGUUGGGUCAAUUUCGAAGAUGGCCUCGGAAAAAUGGAAUGUUGAGCCCCAAGAGGUUAAACAAGUUUAUGAAAUUAUUGCAGAAGUGGCUAAACGUGUUCAUGAACAAAUGUUUCCAAAUUACAAGUACAAACCGAGAAGAAAGGGAAAUAAUACGGGAUUUUCGCGACGUAGUUCAAGUGCUUCCGAUAAUAGUAUGGAAGGAUUCAAGAAAAAUUUGGGUGAUUUCACGACAAAUACAUCCUCAUUUCCAAUUGAACGACUUGGUCGGCGAAAAUCAAGUGCUUCCGAUAAUGCUGAUGACAUAAAAAAUUCGCUUUUUCUUAAUAAUAACAGCAGCAACAUUAAUAAUAACAAUUAUUCGUUAUCGACAGCUUUAUCACCAAUUAUGUCUGGUAUAAAGAAACCAUAUCCUUCCCCUCCGUUAACAACAUCUGGGAGACCAAUGUCACCGCAUAAUCUAUAUCCUCCUUCUCUUUCUUCCUCUUCUUCGUCAAAUUCUUUAGCAAAUAAUCCACAUUGGACAAUUUCUAAUCAGAUACCGUCACCUUCCAUCACCGCUACAUCAAAUACUGAUUCAAUUCAACAAAAUACCGAUUCAAUUCAACAGCCGCCACCUCACUCUGCAGGCGGAAUACAAGUACAAAUUAUUCCAUCAUGGACAUUUGAUACAGGGCGUAGCUCAUCUUUAAAUAUUUUUAAUGAUGAAAACUCAUCAAAUCAUAAUAAUCAUCAUCAUCAUCAAGUAUUAAAUCAUAAUCCAUUAUCAUUGCCUUUGACGUCAGCAUCCUCACUGUCACAUCAAUCAAACAACAUUAACAGUUUCAACAACAUAAACGAUCAUCAUCAUAAUAAUAAUAAUAAUGAUAAUAAUGCUGAAUCAACAACGGGAUCAUUUUUACCAUUUGAUUUUGACAUUCAAGGUCCAUUCCGACAUAUAACUAAUCAUCUGUUGGAAAUGUCGCCGUCGAUUGCCUAUACAAUUGAAUAUGAUCAAAGACUGACGCGACUGUUUGGCACACCUUGA